AAUCUUCUUGUCCCGAAUUUAGUAUCAGUGGAGAUAUGCAACUCAUUCCUUUGCGUAACUGCUCGGGGCCUUGAAUUUCAAACAUUCAAUCAAAUUUUGAAAUGAGAUCUCAGCUCAGACGGUUGAAAACGGAAACAGCCAUGGCAAUCUCUUCAUCUGCACUUCAACCGGUUUAAAUAUGAAGUGUGAGUUUCAAUUUAUUGAUUAAAUGUCAUAUUAAUUAGAUAAGGUUACUAGUAAGUUGCGGUCAAUUAGGUAUUACAUCGAUACUGCUGAGAUCAUGACGGCAGAAAGAUGUCAGACGAACUUUUGCAAUCUAUCAAAAGGCAUUAGCAGCAAAAUAAAUGAAUAGUGUAGUAGCUUAUUUUCUUGCUUGAAGAUGAAGAUCUAUUCAUUGUAUAUUUUCCGUUCUAACAACAGUCCAACGUCAAAAAUGUUGGUGCCCAUCCAUACAUCAAUCAGAGUUGCUAUACGUACGCAUAUCGCUGCCAAGGGUUACAAACUUUCUAGUAUUCUUAUUUAUAAUAUUUUCUUAGUCAUAGUCAAAGAGUAUAUUUAAAUAUAUUAUACACAUAGGUUUCGACUUAGAGUUGAAAAACGUUCAUAAGUUAUUUAAUGGUGCUCUAAUUAUGUGAGGAAAGAAUUGGAAGAUGAGACAAAAAAUUUUUCUAAGGGAAAUCUCAUUUCACUAUUGCGCAAAUGCUUUUUAAAAUUCCAUUGAACAUCUGCGUUCUUUUUAUAUAUAGAAGCAUUUCGCUUUACUGUGGAUAUUUGUGAUUGUUAAAAUAGUCAAAACUUUUAUCUUCUGAAUGAUCCAUAUUAUAUAACACUAAUGGAGAUCAGAACGUAUAGACAAAUUAUGUUUAUCGUUUAAUCGUAUCGUUUAAAAGUAUUUUGCCUUACAGCAUAAUAACAAAUUCAUAUUGUAUCUUAUUAACUUGAAAUUAUUUCAUUAAAUUUGUCAUUUGUCAAAAUUGCCAUUUUUAAUUUCAAUAUGAGCAUUAACGAAAUGCAAAAUGAAAAUACAACAUCGGUGACGUUGAGACAUCCAAAACGUACCUUCUAUGCAUGCUCAUUUGGAUUUGCUGCAUACGUCGGUUCAACUGUAGGCUUGGCAACACUUCAGAGCAGUAUCAAUAUCAAGAAUGAUCUCGGACCAAAAAGUCUUCUGAUUUGUUUUUUGUGUGGCUUAGCCGGUAUUAUAACAGCGCCCUAUACUUUGAAAAGGUUUGGUGCAAAAGCAACGUUGAUUACUGGAGAGAUCAUAGCAUCAUUCUUAACGAUAGCAAACUUUUAUCCAAGAUGGUUUACCAUGUACCCGACAGCUGCUUUAACAGGAUUGAUGUCAUCAUCAUUAACGUGGUCGGCAAGUGCAGUAAUUGUUCACAAAGUGGCUACUGCUGAUCUGGAGAAUAAAAUUGGAAAACAAGCUGAUAUUGCCACUCAAAAGUAUUUUGGAAUAUAUUUAGGAAUUGUCGCCUUUGGCCAGAUUUUUUGUAAUGGUGUCACCGUUCUGAUUCUUGAAUUUGUCAAUGACGAUUUAUUAGGACUUAAUCAUAAAACAGUGGAAACAGAUUUUGACAGUAAUUUAUCUACACAAGCUCCGCAAUACAAAACUAGUAAUUCGUCCGUUAUUGAUACUUCUCAAUGUGCGGCCAAAGAUUGUCCGGCUGAAUAUGCAUACAGUAAUUCUAUCAAACUUGAUGUAUUCAUACCAGACGAUUGUUCCAGAUACGUACUGUUUGGCUGGUAUUUACUCAUGCAACUAGGGGCCGUCUUACUGCAUUCAAUAGCGAUGGAUCCAAUCCCAGUUGAUACUUAUAGAAAGAAUAUGAUCGCCAGCCAAAAUGAAGAAGAAUCUCCCAAUCGAAAACUAUUACUGAACAAACUAAGAGAAGAAAAUGAUUGCUCGAAUUUGUUCGCGCCAAUAAAAAUAUCAGUUCUACAUCUAACUUCUCUGCAAGGAAUACUUUCUGCGCCGGUUUAUCUGUUAUAUGGAUUAACGAUUUCAUUUAUUUGGUCAGAGUUUAGUCGUGCCUACGCUUCGUGUGUGGUUGGGCUAAGCCAGGUUGGACUAACAAGUGCGCUGGUCGACUUUCUAUCACUUAUUGUCUCUAUGAUAAUAUCAAGAUGUGCCUCAAACUUUGGAAUGUUUUACAUUUUCCUAUUUGGUAUGUGUUACGACAUUGCAUUGUACGUUGCUAUUCUGUUCUGGGUUCCAACACCAUCGACUUCAUAUUUUGUCUACAUUUUUGCUUCACUUUUCGGAGUCACUUAUGCAGUUAGAAGAAAUACACAAUAUCUAACAACAUCCGCUCUAUGUCCAGAUAAAGAUGUAGGGUUCACGAUACAGAAUGUUCUUGGCGGAAUAGGCCUGAUGAUGACUUAUGCUUGGACAACUGCUUUCUGCGUUUAUGUUAAAAUAUAUAUUAUGAUAGGAUCUGUGGUUGCCAGAACUGUAUUUUGGAUAUUUGCCGAUAGAAUUCACCAGAAAGAAAGAAAUUAGCAGAUAAUUCAGAAAAUCAGUCCUAUGCAUAUAUAAUAUGUGGAGAAAUUUUUUUUUUUUUUUUAAUAUUUUUUUUAUUAUUUUUUAUUAAAUCACACAUAUAUAUAUAUAUUCUAAUUUCGGUGUUUGCAUGCUUACAAAAUAAAGGGUCUUCAUGCGAAAUGACCGAACACGAUAGCCUAGGUGCCAAAAACGAAUUUGUUCCAGAAAGGAUGACAAAGAACUGUGGACAAAAAGCGUAACAAAAUUAAGACCAGGAAUUUCAAAUUGAUAAUACGAGCAUUAAGUCAUCCACGAAAAAAAUAAUUGAUCUAUAUCUCGUAUCGUUCUCGCAAUUUAAUAACUUCGAUAAUGUAACGUGAAUAUUU